AUGUCUGGUCAGGAGAUCUCCACUGACGCGGUGAUCACUUUGACCGAUGGACGACAAGGGACUGUUCGCUUUAUUGGAACCACCCACUUCGCGGUUGGAGAUUGGAUUGGUGUCGAAUUGAACGAACCCACCGGCAAGAAUGAUGGUGCAGUGCAAGGCGAGCGAUAUUUCGAUUGCGAACCGGGAUUUGGCAUGUUCGUCCGCCCCUCGGCCAUCGGAGCAGUUUUGCAGCAGCCGACGCGGGAGAGUAAACAAACCACGAAGCCUGGCGCCGAUGCCGCAAGAAGCCGGGGUCAGUCUCAAAGUGGCAUUGGGGCUGGUUUGAGGAAACAAAGCGGAUUGCCCCCGACGACAACUAAGCGACAGAGCUCCAAUGCAGCCACUCCCACACCGGCUCCAAGAGUCGCGGCACCCCGAUCGUCUCUCAGGUCCCCGACUAAGUCGCCAACAAAGCAGUUAUCCAAUCCCUCUGCUCCCUCUACUCGCCCAUCGAUCGGCAGCACGCGCACGUCUACCGUGGGGUCUACUCGCCCCCGGCCAACUACCGCUGCCAGACCCUCCAUGGGUUCGGCCUCUCAAACAGCCGCCUCUAAAGCCCCACGACCUUCAAUCCCAGGAUCAACUGCACGGACGAUCAGACCCGGGUCUCAAAGCACAGCGCCGCCCACGGCGCAGGGAUUAUCCAAGCGUCCCUCAUUGCGACAGGCUGCACAUGCUAAAGCAUCGGAUGGAGGAGAAACCGGGACAAGUGGACAUUCAGAAGAUGCGACCGAUGCGGAGUCGCCUCAUACCGAAGGAGAGGGCUCGCAAGAUGGAGUCGCGCCCAAGACAUCUCGGCCUUCUUUGACUGCCCGCUCUGCGGCUCCUCGCCCCAGUGUUGGCUCUACAUCACAACGUCAGGUACCCAGUGCUGCCGUUAACCGGGAGUUGGAAGAGCUCCAUACCAAGCUUAGAGUCAUGGAGAAGAAACGAGCCGAUGAUCGAGAAAAACUUAAGACUCUGGAGCAACUCCAGUCUGAACGCGACAAAUUCGAGUCGAUCAUCCAAAAGCUGCAGGCGAAAUACCAACCACAGCAGAUGGAAGUCACAGAACUGCGCAAAAAGCUCAAGGAGUCCGAGACCCGACUUGAGAAGGUGGAACGGUUGCAGGCAGAACAUGAGUCGCUUAUGGAAAUGGCCACCCUUGACAGGGAAAUGGCCGAAGAGACAUCGGAUGCAUUCAAGCAGGAAUGUGAGGCUCUACGUUCAAAGAUGGAAGAGCUGCAGCUGGAGGUGGAAGUUCUCCGGGAGGAGAAUGAUGAAUUCAGCCAGGGCACAAGUCCCGAGGAUAAAUCCAGCCACGGAUGGCUUCAAAUGGAGAAGACAAAUGAGCGUCUCCGCGAGGCCCUCAUCCGCCUCCGAGACAUGACACAGCAGCAGGAAUCCGAUCUUAAGAGUCAAAUCAAAGAACUGGAAGAUGACCUUGAAGAGUACACUGCUGUCAAGUCUGACUAUGAAGCAACCAAAGAGAAGUUGUUGGUUGCAGAGACCAAUGUGGAAGAUCUCAAACAGCAGCUGGAGACCGCUUUGGGCGCCGAAGAAAUGAUUGAAGAACUCGCCGACAAGAACAUGCGCUAUCAAGAGGAGAUCAAUGAGCUGAAAGCGGCCAUCGAGGACUUGGAAUCGCUGAAAGAAAUUAGCGAUGAGCUCGAGUACACGCACAUCGAAACGGAAAAGCAGCUGCAGGAGGAGAUCGACUAUCGAGACGGAGUCUUCAGUGAACAAUGUCGCAAGAUUUCCCAGCAGGAUGAGGUCAUUGAAGAUCUUGAGUACACUCUGUCCCGCUUCAGGGAGCUGGUUACAAACCUGCAGAGCGACCUGGAAGACAUGCGAGCAUCUCAGCAAAUAUCAGAGGCGGAGGCCACAGAUCUAACGACCCGUUCCCGGGCGAUGAUGGAUCUUAACACGAAACUACAGGCCUCGGUAUCCAAGUCCCAGACUAAGACUAUCGACGUGGAACUCAAUCGUAUGGAUGCAGAGGAAGCUGCGCAGCACCUUUCGAUCUUGAAGCUCUACCUUCCCGAGUCCUUUGACGGAGAGCGAAAUUCUGUUCUUGCUCUUCUUCGAUUCAAACGGGUUAGCUUCAAGGCCGCCAUGAUGAGCAGUACUAUCCGGGAACGAAUCUCUGAGCACUCGGCUAUCACGACACCUGAGGAAAUAUUUCAAGGCCACGAAGUUCUUGAGCAUCUUCUGUGGAUCUCGACUCUCUCAGACCGAUUCGUGAAUCACGCCACGACUUGCUCGCCCGAAGAAUUCGGCGCCGUCAAAGUCGCACUGUUUGAAAUGGAGCCGGUCGAGCGCACCUUGAAUUUCUGGAUUGAGAAUCUGAAGAAGAACGAGGUGAACAUGAAGAAGUUUGCAGUAGAACUCCAGCGAUCUAUCGCCCUACUUGCUCAUCUGGCCGAGACUCUUCUCCCUUCAACCCCCGAUAUGUUUGCAGAUGGUCUCUGUAUGCGGGCGACGUUGACCCAGUCGUAUCUCGACCAUGCUGCAGCAGGAAUCUCACGGCUUAAAUCGCUCGUCCAAUCCAAAUUGGAGGCUUCUGGCGAGGACAACGAGGAGCAUUCGUUUGCUUUGAACAAACUCGACUCUUUCGUGUCUCAAGCUCGCGGAUACAAAGUUGCUAUGGGGAAGAUCUGCCGGUCUCUGGAAGAUUUGCGUUCAAGGUCCCUUGCGCUUUCUGAGGAAGCCGAGGGUCCGUUCAAGAGGACCGAGGACACCACACAUGGACUCUCGGAUUUGGCGCGGAAAUUAGGCGAGAAUGUCGUUGCGCUCACCAGUGACGAAGGACGUACCGAACCAUUUACCCUGGACGAGGUUCUGGACAGCUUGUCGCAAGUCCCUACAUCCUUGGAGCAGUCAUCCGAUACACCAGCGGAAAGCAAUGACCCUGUAUCUUUCCUUCUUAACAAGUUGCGUGACGUGGGCGGUCAGCUCGAGGAGCUUGAUUCGAUCUCAUCAGAUUUGUCUCGCACGACGGAGUUCGAGAGGGGCGCUUUUCCUUGGUUCGCCAGAGCGGCAGAGUUGAAGUCCAACAAGACGAUUUCCCAGGAUGCAGAUGAAGAGAUCCGCCACCUGAAAAAUGAAAUCCACGAGCUCUCCACCGCGUUGGGCGUGAAGGAUAACACCCUCGAGGAGCAAACAAUUAAGAUCGAGCUACUUGAAUCUAGGAUGCGCGAGGCAACCAAGAAGGCUUCCAUGGUCAAGGAUCUGGAAGCGAAGAUUGAGGAAAUACAGUCCACAGGGACAGAACUCGAGAACACUGUCGAGCUGCAGAAGAAAGAGCUCCAGGCCGCUGUGACCGAGCGAGACGAGUACAAGUCCCGUCUUGAAAGGAUGAAGCGAGUAUCUGGGUCUGCAGGCGUGGCCACUACGGGUGACGGUGUCGUCAUCGACAGCGAGGCCUCUUUGGCCGCCAUGCAAGAAAACGAGUCCCUGCGCGCCGAGGUCGAAAGCCUCCAAGCGGCUGUGCGUUUCCUGCGUGAGGAGAACCGCCGGGCGAGCAUCCUUGACCCGUACUCAGUGCAGCGCUCCACGGACCUGCACGCCUGGCUCGACGCACCACUUGCCCGGCCGCAACUCACCGUCGAGCAGGAGAAGACCCAGCGCACUGCUCUUGAAAGCCGCGAUGUGUUGACGCAUCUCCUCAAACUGACCAAGGAGUCCCGGGUCUGCGACCUCAAGUCCACGCUCGCCUCUCCCACCGGAGGCGAUGAGGGUAGCACCAACCGCACCACCUGGCGCCCAUCAAAAUCCCGUCUCCGGUACCAGGUGCUCCAGCAGCGCGAGAACUUUGAGAACUGGGCUGAGUGGCGCAACGAUAUUGUGGAGCACGAGCGCGAACAAGACCGGCUGGCCGCCGCCAAGCGAGAACGUGCAUUGCGCGACCGCAUGCCGAAGCAUUCCCACAAGGCUUCGGUUGAAUUUCCCCAGGGUCUUGGCCAUGGCAUGAUGGGCCGCGCGUGGCAGAUCCUGGGCAUGCAGAACCAGGGCAAAAACGCGUCCACGAACGCACCCGCUCCAGGCGGCGUGGAGAUUGUGUCCACGGGCUAA